GUCUGCAGCGCAAGCAGAUAAUGAAGAGGAGAGGGACAAGCAUUUUGCUCACAUACACCACCAUGGCACAAAUGUGUGAAAUAGGUAUAGCGAUAUCCGGUGGCAUGGAUUCCUUUUAUUAUUAGUGAGCCGAGUCUAUGGGACCAUAGACUGUAUAUAAAGACAAGCCAGGACGGUCCCGCCCACUGCAUUGACGACCUUUCAUUGAGCGAUUCAAUCUCCACCGUUACCAUGGAAGACUACCACGACUAUAGCUGAGUAGGAUAACUGCCGAACUCUCAGCCCGUAGUAUUACGGUUUCAACAUGCCCGAACGGCAGUUCCCCAAGAGGCCAUCAGUUGCCUUUUAUUGACGUUAUAGCCUGCUUUUUCCAUGUGGAAAUUUCUUAGCAGUUGAAAGCAGGCCAUCGCUGCUACCGUAAGUAGUUAGUCUUCUCAGUGCUGCAGUCCUGGGCUUUUACGUGACGUCAUUAUUGACAUUGUUGUGUACCCAUUCCCUCCUGGACAUCUCAAAACCAAGUAUUUCAUGGGAUUCACUUACGCGAAGGAGAAGCGUGCCUAAGCUAAAAUGGUGAACUGGAGGCGGCUACUACGAAUGUCCAACCGAUCGUUUCUGGUCUUCAUAUUCUUCUUCUCCAUGUCCACCACUUGUCUCUACUUCAUUUAUGUGGCUCCUGGAAUAGCCAACACAUACUUCUUCAUGGUGCAGGCUCAGGGCAUCAUGUUGAGGGAAAAUGUAAGGACCAUUGGCCAGAUGAUUCGAUUGUACACCAAUAAAAACAGUACAGUCAAUGGGACAGACUAUCCUGAUGGCAGUAACUCCAGUGAAUACCUUGUCCAGCCAACUACAUAUCUUCCAGAGAACUUCACCUAUGCCCAGAACCUUUCCUGCCCUGAGCGAUUGCCUUCUAUGAAGGGCCUUAUGGAAGUGAACAUGACAGAGAUCCCUAUGGAGGAUAUUGAACUAAAGUUCUCCAAGUUUUUUGACAUUGAAUUUGGAGGCCAUUGGACACCAAAGGACUGCAGACCUCCCUGGAAGGUAGCAAUCCUGAUUCCAUUUAGAAACCGCCAUGAACAUCUUCCCAUUCUCUUCCAACACCUCAUCCCCAUGCUGCAGAGACAGCGGCUGCAGUUUGCCUUCUACGUCAUUGAACAGCCCCCCACCAACUCCCGCAACAGUGACCACUUCACACUACCCCUGUCGUUACCACCCUCCACCCCCCUGCUGACACACUCCCCAGACUAUGCCACAUCCCCCACCCCCAAGUCUGGACUUUACAUCACAGCUAGCCAGAGAGUCCCAGUGCUGUGGAAAACAUCCUUCCUGGUUCCAGUGCCAAAGAAAGGGCACCCUGUGACACUGAACAACUACAGGCCCAUAGCACUGACCUCUCACAUAAUGAAGGUGAUGGAGAGACUGGUCCUGGCACACCUCAGACCACUGGUGUGCUCAUCACAAGACCCUCUACUUCCAUACAGAGAAUUCUUUGGUGGUGUGAGUGGACUCACUGUGGACCAGUUCCGCAAGAUUAAUGGUUUUCCCAACGCCUUCUGGGGCUGGGGAGGAGAAGAUGAUGACUUGUGGAACAGGGUUCACUAUUCUGGUUUGAAUGUCACACGUCCAGAUGGAGAGAUUGGCAAGUACAAGUCAAUUCCUCAUCACCACAGAGGAGAGGUGCAGUUCCUUGGAAGGUAUAAACUGCUGAGGUAUUCCAAAGAGCGGCAACACUUAGACGGCCUCAACAAUCUCCAUUACAGCCCCCACAUCUCCCUCAGCAGCCUCUACAAGAACAUCACGGUGGACCUGAACCCUGAGCUUGUCCCUAUCACAGACUACUGAACUGACCCACCCAACCCUACUCUACACCCCAUCAGGAGGAGCAUAGGCUGGGAGGGGUGAGGAGAUGCACCAUGUAAUGCUGCCAAGAAUACCUAGUGAGAAAAAAAAAAAAUGGAAAAAAAGGAGAGAUAGUGGCAAAAGUGUGUGUGUGUGUGUGUGCGUGUGCGUGCGUGCGUGCGUGCAUCUUUGUCUAUAUUGGCUGAACUGCAACAAGUUGGCUUAGGUUAGGGAGAGCAGCAGCAACUCAGCUCUUGAAGUUUACUGCAAAGCCUUAAUGUGGAAAAACCACAGCUCCCUCUUCAUGGCUCUGCACUGCUUCAUUUCUUAUGUAUUACUGUCACCUUACAAGCCAAAAGACUUUUUGUCUCACUUUCUUUUUCAUGUUAUGUUGUUAAGCCACCAUAUUCCCUUAAAAGGAGGGAUCAGAGCAAGGUCAUCUUUAAUAUUUGCAAAGUGUGUUUUUUAUUUUGAUACAUGAUAUUUAUUUUCGCUGAUUCAGGAUGUAUGGAAAUGUCGUCUAUGUCGAUCAAUCAAUGUAAUUUGCUAUUUUGCUGCUGAAUCCGCAUGAACAUGUAUGUAAAUAGUAGCCUCUUGAACACAGAACACAAAUAAGUAAAUGUGGGCCUUUAAAUGCUUGGGCAUAUUUCAGUGAUAUUCCAGUGGAUUGAAUUUUACUUUGGCAGCUUCCUUUGGUCUGAGGAGUGAGUGGUUUCUUCCUAGCUGAAAGGUAUACAAAUAUUCAACAUUGUUUGUUGCAUGCCUUUAUUAAUUUUGUUUACAAAAUGUUGUCCUUUUUAAACAAAACAUUAUUUCAUCAGCUGGAGAUGUGUAUAUUUUUAUUUAGCUUUUUUUCCCAUUGAGUUGCACUUUGUGAAAAAGUAAAGCUGCUCCUCAAUGGGAGAGCAUGACUCAGUCUCUCCUUCAUUACUUUUUACAAGGAGCAGGGUCAGCCAUUACAGUACGAGUGUGUCCAUGCAGGUUUAUGGUCUUAGGUGUGUGUGUAUAUAUUUUUUUGUUUUUAUUUUGACAUUAUUUUUUGUAAUAAUUUUGUGCUGGACCAUGUAAAAAAAAAAAAGCUCCUCAUUGUACUGCAGUGUUACCUUUUUUUCUAAGCUUAUGAGGCAGCCAUAAAGGUCAGAAUGAAAGAACCUUGGUUGUCAGCCUUUCACAGCUAAAUGGCACUAUACCACAAAGAUGGAGAGAGAUGUGUAAGAAGAUUACUUGGACCAGAUAUUAACUAACAACUAUCCUCUAUAUCUCUAGGAUUUAUGUUUAACCAUGAAUUUUAAGUUUGGACUUUUUCUUUGAUUUUGUUGUGAUCUCUAAUCAGAACUCUGGCCGUUAUUGAUCCGGAUCUUUUAUCCCUUCCCAUCAGAUUAUUUCAUCUUGU